AUGCAUGCUUUUCAGUUCCUUUUUCAUCUAGAGUUUUCCGUUGCCUGCAUUCUUUGUCAGAUUUCCGUAUCGCUGCAUUCUUCACUCUUUCAUUUUCUCUCUCCUACGUGCGCAAAGGCUGUGGGGGAGCGAGCGUGUUGGGAUGACGCACGGCCGGCAGUCACAGGCGUGUGGCUGCCUCCUACCCGCCCUGCUGACCACGCGCUCGGAGGCAAGCCGCUGAGGCAGCACUGCGACGAGGCGUCUUCCUCCCACGUGUGCUGGCUUCUCCCCCUGCGUCCAUGGGGUGAGGCGGAGGAACGAGAUGGAGAGACUGACGGGCUGGAAUUGAGGCGAUUACAAGGAGGGUUGCUGUUGAAUGGAGACGCGGCGGGGCAGCAGUGGAGGCGUUCUCUGCUAAAUCCCCGCCUUCCUUCCUUCAGGGCUUCACCGGGGGCAGUCGGCGGGGCAGCAGUGGAGGCGUUCUCUGCUAAAUCCCCGCCUUCCUUCCUUCAGGGCUUCACGAGGGCAGCGCGGGGCGAGGUGGCAGCGCAGGGGGCAUCAAGAGGCGCCUCUUUGCAAUAA